UCUAACGCCGUUUAACAUUAACGUGAAGCGGCACAUUUGAAAAGCUUACUUACCCAGUUUGCUAAUGGGAGCUAGGCAACUGUUCCGUGCUCACAUUUGUUGAGUAAUUUCAAUUUUAAAUUUAAAAAAACAAAACAUUAUUUGUCCCUGUUCGUUUUCCAUAAAAUACAAGAAGACUGCAACCGUUUAACAAUAGUUCACGUGAAGCCGCUGACAAUUAAGUUAGCUAAGAAAGUGGCUAAUGUAUCGUUUUAAUGGUUACAGCUUUGCCUUUUCUAACAGAUGAUGCGAAGACCCAGAGCGACGACAGCCAAAGCUGUAAUGUACAGCGAAAAUAAAAAUAUGGACUCCGACCUGUCUUUUCCUCAGAUAGCGAGUAGUGAUGAAGACAUGGAGGAGUGGAGGCCACCAGAGUCAAAAAAAGCUGCCAGCAAAACUGCCAGACCACCUACAGCUGGGGGGAUGAAAGCAGCUUCUAAGAGGACUGCUAAACCAAAAGAACCAAAAGCUCCCAAAGAACCCAAAGUCCUUAAAGUGCCCAAAGAUCCUAAACCAAGGGCACCCCGCAAACGUGCUGCAGAACAAAAAUCACUGAACACUCAAAGAACAGAAGACACUGCCAAGUCUGUGUCUGCUGGAACAAAGAGAAAAAAGACUAACGAUGAUGAUUUAGGAGAAAAUAAAAGAAACACUGAUUGCCCAGAAGAACAGAGGGUUGACACUGGUAUCAGAAUGAAGCAAGAGAGGAUCUCAUUUAUUGUGUCGGACGCCCAUCAGACAGACGGAUGGGCAAAUGAAGGGACAUCACAAGCUGGGCUCCAUGUAAAGAAGGAGGAAGCGUCGCAGGAGGAUUUCACUUUUGAUGAACCUGGUCUAAAAAAACAGCGGACCAGACAGGUGUGCCAGGGGCAGCGAGCUACCUUACCAGAGUCCACAGCACAGUCUCUGAGGAAUAAACUCAAUAUGAACUGGGACCUGGUUGAGCUUCUCUCUACACUGACUUGUGUUGAGCAGUGGGUUUGUGCCAAUAUCAUUAUGCUGCUAAGUGAGGAAAACACUGUUCCCUUCAUGGUGCGCUACCGCAAAGAGAUGAUCAACCACAUGGACGCAGAUGCGGUUCGAGAUGUCCAGAUGGUCUAUGAGGAGUUGUGUUCUCUUGCUAAAAAGACCCAGUCUGUGAUUCAGACCCUGAGGAAGGACGGUGUUUUGACACCUGAGUUGGAAGAAAGCCUUAGGAACUGCCGAUCAGCUGAUGACCUGGAUCAUGUGUAUUCUCCCUACAAGAAAGGCAGCAAGCUCACAAAAGCUCGCAGGGCCAAAGCAUUAGGUCUCGAAGACGCUGCCACAGCGCUGCUGAACUCACCACAUACUCUGGAUCUCAGGGCUUGGGUAAAGCCCGGUACUGAAGGUCUGUCAUCUGUAGAAGAAGUGGCAACUGGUGUGGAGCAUAUUUUGGCUGACAUUAUAGCCAAAGAUCCUGAGACACUCACCUACAUUAAAACAUUAUGUGAAAAGAGCUUUGUGACCAUCCAGUCCAGUGUGUCUAAGACAGCACUAAAGGAAAAAGAGCAGGAGAAAUUCACCCAAGGCCCCAAGAAACCAGGAGCAGAGCAAAACAAGAGCAAAGACUUUGACAAGUUCCAACUCUAUUUUGACUUCACCUGCAACGUCCAGCGCAUCCAGCCUCAUCAGACACUGGCGAUUAACCGAGGGGAGAGUCUGAAGAUUUUGACAGUGAAGGUGAACAUUCCUGACAGAGUGAAGAGCGACUUUACUCGAUGGUGCAUCCACAACAGGUGGAGGACAAAGACAUCGGCAAUAGAACAAUUUAAUGCAAUCAUCAGAAAUGCAGUAGAGGACUCGUAUAAAAGGCUAAUUCUGCCUUUCCUCACUCGAAGCUACAGGACUAAACUAACAAGUGCAGCAGAAAAGGAAUCCAUCGCCAUGUUUGUGCGAAACCUCCGGCAGCGCCUGUUGGUCUGUCCAGUCAGGGGCUGUGUCAUAAUGGGGGUGGACCCUGGCUUCAGACAUGGCUGUAAACUGGCUAUCCUCUCACAUACAAGUCAGAUUCUACAUACUGAUGUUGUGUACCUGCAUAACUCAGGACAGCAAAGAGAAGCAGAGAAAUUGCGCCACCUUAUGAUCAAAUACAGUUGCACCAACGUUGUCAUUGGCAAUGGUACUGCUUGUCGUGAAACUGAGUCCUUCUUUGCUGAUCUCAUCUCCAGACGUUAUUUUCACCCACUAGAUGUGUCCUACUGUAUAACUAAUGAGGCAGGAGCGUCCAUCUACAGUGUGAGUCCUGAGGCGGUCAAAGAGAUGCCAGAUUUGGACCCAAAUCUUAGGAGUGCAGUGUCUAUUGGAAGACGUGUCCAAGAUCCACUGGCUGAGCUUGUGAAGAUUGAUCCCAAACACAUCGGCAUUGGAACGUAUCAGCAUGAUGUGUCAGCUGGAGCUCUGAAGGCAGCGCUGGAUGGAGUGGUUCAGGAGUGUGUGAGCUUUGUGGGAGUGGACAUCAACAUCUGCUCUGAGACACUAAUGAGGCAUGUAGCAGGGCUGAACGCUGGCAGAGCUCGGAGCAUUGCAGAGUGGAGAGAGAAAAACGGUGCGUUCAUCAACAGGGAGCAACUCAAGCUGGUGAAAGGCAUGGGACCCAAGAGCUACCAACAGUGUGCUGGCUUCAUCAGGAUCAACCCUCAAACUCUAAACAGUGCUAAACCCUCGUCUGAAUGUGCACCAGCGGUUCCAGAGAAACCAGCACCUAAGAAGAGCAAAGGAAAGGCUGGUUGCAACAUCCCGACCUCAUUAAACCCCAUGGACCAAACCUGUAUUCACCCUGAGUCCUACCAUGUGGCACAGAGAUUUCUCUCCCUUGUGGGUGGGAGUGUGGACCAAAUAGGCAGUGCAGGCUUGAAACACUGUGUGGAGAGCAAGGUUAACACAAGUUGUGUUGAGGAACUGGCCAAGAAAGUGGACACCACCCUUGAGACCCUCAAACUCAUCAUAGACGGCCUGACGCAGCCCCCAGGCUUUGACAUACGACAAAAUUUUGGGCAGGCGGACUUUAAGAGGGGCAUUGUGUCAAUGAGUGAUCUGCGGGUCGGCUCCGUGCUGACAGGCCGAGUGGACAACACAACUCUGUUUGGCGCUUUCGUAGACAUUGGCGUUGGCCGGGCCGGCCUCAUCCAUAAGAGCAACAUCACCCUAGACAAGCUGCCGGUCAGCCAGCGUCGUCGCAGCCUGGCUCUAGGACCCGGGGAGCGGGUGGAGGUUCGGGUCCUCAACAUCGACGUUCAGAGGGGGCGGAUUGGGCUGGACCUGCUUAGGGUACUCCAAUAGAUUCUGUGGUUCCUUUAAAGAAUAUUCCACAGUUGGGGCUGUGCCUGUCACAUUAAGUUAUAAAACAAUGUCAGAGACAAAUUACAUCCAGAUGUUUACAGAAGUGUUGGAUUCAAACUGAUUUGCUGCCUAUGAGGAGAACAAAUUUAUUUGCUUUAACAGGAAAUCCGCCUUAUUUAUGGGAACAGUUAGUUGUUUAAAUUGUGACCCAUUUUAGUGCCUGCCGUGUUAACUGGGCGGUCCUACAGACUAAACAAUAUUCAGACCAAAAGACUUAAAAUAUUUACAACAGUUGUUAAUUUAACCCAGUUUAAGCAAAAUGGUUAUUGAUUGAACAGUUGAAAUCUGUUAUUAGCAUUUUGGCUGUGACACGAAUAGCUAUAUACUUAAACUGAAUGUGUUCAUAAAAUAUAACGAUGUUUAUGUAUUUUUGAGAUUAGUAACAGAUAGAUACACAAAGUUAACUCUUCCAUUUUUCUUUUGUACUCAUCUCAGUAAUUAGCCAAUAAAUGUUUUUGUUUACCUAGUGUCGGUUUCUGACCUUGCUGGCAUUGCUAUGCUAAUUAGGUUUAAAUGGUAUUUCAUAUGGAGUUGACUUGUUGUAAUGUUAACGUUACUGUGUCAGUAGUUUAAAUAACUCAUCAUGCCCAAAAAUAAAAUAUUCAAAUGAUGAUUCAGCAAAACAUCUGUAAUGAGAUUUAAAAACAAGAAUUAUGAGCACAACUAUGAAUUGAUUCAGGACAUUCUUUCUCCAAACACAAUAAAAACUAUACAUUCAUUCA